AAUGAGCUAGAAUAUCCGCGGGUGUUGCUAACUUGCUAAUUUACCACAGUUUUACAGAAAACUGUUGAAAAUGUUGGACAUUCUGAAGAACAACAACCAAGAAGUAGGACUUCCUGAUCCAUGUGUAUUGUGUACAGAGAAGCCCAGCCUCCUGACACCACCUGAUGAUGACAGUCAGGACCUUCAUGUGGAUAGAAGUUUUCCUGGCCCUCUCAUGAGCAACACCAUGCAGAAAAAUCACCUGCUUCGCUCCAUCCAGUGUGAAGCUGAGGGUUGUCUGGAACACACUGGAACACCUGGAAAAAAGGAGGAUUACUUAUUUUGGCAGAUUAUGGACUUGUUCUGUCGUCACAAUGGAAAAGUGAUGAUGGCUCAAGUCGCUGCGACUCUCUUCAAGGGUUACGGCUUCCUGGUAAAGAACAUAUCGAAAGUGAGUGAGUACCAGACCCUGAGGGACUGGUGUCUUCCUCUGGGAAAGCUCUUGUGCUCCUCUCUCCCAGUCGAUGAGCAGAGAGAAGCCGUGAUUAAGAUGGGAGAUGAUCUCGCCUGCAGGGGACUGACGUACGCUGCACACAUCUGCUACGUGGUGGCAAAAGUGGACCUCGGGACACGGAGCCAGUUUGACUUGAUCGGAUACAAGAGUCUUCCAUUUGGUUUGACCAUCCUGACAGCAGCCAUUAAGAAAACGGAGGUUUAUGAAUACGUCCUGUCUCUGACCUCAGGCCUGGCACAGCCAAACUUCCAGCUCUACAAGUUGUGUCAUGCCAGCCGCCUUUCCAUGACUGAAGUAUUUCAUGAAAACGCCUUUAAAUACUGUGAGACCAUCGCCAGGGCGGUCAUCACCUUCCCCGACAGAUUCAGAAAGAGCUUCGUGGAACGGCUCAUUUCGCUGUCUAACAAAGUGAAGACAUCUGGAAAAGAAUUGGAGUGGCUGCAAGAGGUCGGGCAGCUGUACGGAGUGGACGCUGAUGCAGACACUAACGCUGUCCCAGAGCAGCACGUGUCUUUUACCAGCUCUGAGGACUCAGAAAGUGACUCGAGUGACAAAGAUGACUCGAGUGACGAAGAUGACUCGAGUGACGAAGAUGACUCGAGUGAUGAAGAUGACUCGAGUAACGAAGAUGAAGAUGAGAAUCCUGAUCUGGACCGAGAAGGACCUUUAUUUGCUAUGCUUGCUUCACGGUACACCGUUGGAAAGCUGCUGGGGAAGGGAGGCUUCGGGUCAGUCUACGGGGGCGUCCGUAAUGACGAUGGGAAAGAGGUUGCCAUCAAAUUUAUGAAGCAGAAACACUUCAUCAAGCCCAAACAGAUUCCCGGAGAGACCAGCAAGGUGCAUGCGGAGGUGGCGCUGAUGAAGAUGGUGUGCGAACCUCCUCGGUGUAGCAAUAUUGUGGAGCUCCUGGAGUGGUUCGAAACGCCCGAACAAAUCGCCUUGGUCAUGGAGAGACCCAGCCCCUGUAUGGACCUUCGUAAAUUCACUAAAAGUCAGGGAGGUCGUCUGACUGAAGAUCAGGUAAGAGACAUUAUGUUGCAGGUCGUCCGAGGUCUUCGGCACUGCGCUGACCGCGGAGUGCUGCAUCGUGACGUCAAAUGUGAGAAUCUACUCAUCAAUACCGACACUCUGGAGGUCAAACUGAUCGACUUUGGCUGUGGAGAACUGCUAAAGAACAGACCAUACACAGAAUUUGCAGGAACUCCUGCAUUCUAUCCUCCGGAGUGGCAGCUGGAGGAAUGUUAUAUGGGCAUUCCUGCUGCCAUCUGGGGUCUGGGAGUUCUGUUGUUCCUCCUGGUCUGUGGACGCUAUCCCUUUCAAUGUGAGGACGACAUUGUAGACGGACACCUGAAAUUCUCUCCUGAUGUGUCUCGAGAUUUCAUCGAGCUGGUGCUGUGGUGCCUGGACUUCAGGUCUGAUAUGAGGCCGUCUUUCGAGGACUUCAUCAGCCAUGAGUGGUUCACAGAGAGAGUUUAGGACAGACUCCAGAUUCCUGCUGACACCAAAGACCUGGAAAAGCUGACCACAAAACAAACACAAAACUAGCCUUUUUUUGUUAGCCUUUGCUAGUCUUUGUUAGCUUUGCUAAUUGUCAGUUGUUCAUUUGUUCAUAGGUAUUAGGCCUCAUAAAAUUAAUAAAAGUUAUUAUAAAACAAAAGAAAAUGUAUAAAAAUCUUGACAGCCUAUGUUAGCUUUAAUUAAUAAAAAUUCAAAUAAAACAAAAGUAAUAUAUAUAAAUGCGCAGAACUUCUCACUGAAGCCCAAUUUCCACCAAAUGCAGUAAACAUUCAGUAUUUUAAUCAUUGUUGCACUUUACUCCAGCCCAGCUUUAUAUAUCUUAUACACUAUAUUGCCAAAAGUAUUCGCUCACCCAUCCAAAUAAUCAGAAUCAGGUGUUCCAAUCACUUCCAUGGCCACAGGUGUAUAAAAUCAAGCACCUAGGCAUGCAGACUGUUUUUACAAACAUUUGUGAAAGAAUGGGUCGCUCUCAGGAGCUCAGUGAAUUCCAGCGUGGAACUGUGAUAGGAUGCCACCUGUGCAACAAAUCCAGUCGUGAAAUUUCCUCGCUCCUAAAUAUUCCACAGUCAACUGUCAGCUGUAUUAUAAGAACGUGGAAGUGUUUGGGAACGACAGCAACUCAGCCACGAAGUGGUAGGCCACGUAAACUGACGGAGCGGGGUCAGCGGAUGCUGAGGCGCAUAGUGCGAAGAGGUCGCCAACUUUCUGCAGAGUCAAUCGCUACAGACCUCCAAACUUCAUGUGGCCUUCAGAUUAGCUGAAGAACAGUGCGCAGAGAGCUUCAUGGAAUGGGUUUCCAUGGCCGAGCAGCUGCAUCCAAGCCGUACAUCACCAAGUGCAAUGCAAAGCGUCGGAUGCAGUGGUGUAAAGCACGCCGCCACUGGACUCUAGAGCAGUGGAGACGCGUUCUCUGGAGUGACGAAUCGCGCUUCUCCAUCUGGCAAUCUGAUGGACGAGUCUGGGUUUGGCGGUUGCCAGGAGAACGGUACUUGUCUGACUGCAUUGUGCCAAGUGUAAAGUUUGGUGGAGGGGGGAUUAUGGUGUGGGGUUGUUUUUCAGGAGCUGGGCUUGGCCCCUUAGUUCCAGUGAAAGGAACUCUGAAUGCUUCAGCAUACCAAGACAUUUUGGACCAUUCCAUGCUCCCAACUUUGUGGGAACAGUUUGGAGCUGGCCCCUUCCUCUUCCAACAUGACUGUGCACCAGUGACCAAAGCAUGGUCCAUAAAGACAUGGAUGACAGAGUCUGGUGUGGAGGAACUUGACUGGCCUGCACAGAGUCCUGACCUCAACCCGAUAGAACACCUUUGGGAUGAAUUAGAGCGGAGACUGAGAGCCAGGCCUUCUCGUCCAACAUCAGUGUGUGACCUCACAAAUGCGCUUCUGGAAGAAUGGUCAAAAAUUCCCAUAAACACACUCCUAAACCUUGUGGACAGCCUUCCCAGAAGAGUUGAAGCUGUUAUAGCUGCAAAGGGUGGACCGACGUCAUAUUGAACCCUAUGGAUUAGGAAUGGGAUGUCACUUAAGUUCAUAUGCGAGUCAAGGCAGGUGAGAGAAUACUUUUGGCAAUAUAGUGUAUUUCAUUAUUGGUUCCUAACAUUCACGUUCAUCUCACAACAUUAAUAAUAACUGUAUUAUUUGAGUCUUAUGAUUUCUGCUGGGGAAAAUAAAUCUGAUGAGUUUUUGUUAAUUGAGAGUUAAACACAAGUCCUGAUCGGCUGUAGACGUUAGUUUUUUCAUCAAACAGGAUUUUGAUCCUGGAUUUAUUGACAUCAUGGAUUACAGCUGGACUGUUAAACAUCUGUUCAUGAUGCACAAUCCAUCCAUCCUACCUGCUGGAGCCGUUAUAUUGAUGUGUAAUUUGUGUUCCAGACACUAGAGGGCGAGUAUUGUGAGUAAAUGUAAUUAAGGUGAUGGUUACAGGUGACACACCGGAGGUCAGACACACCUACUAAUUUAUUAUUUUAUAUUG